UGAUUCACCCAUGGAAUAAUCCGCCUCCUUGCAAAACCGUACUGUUAUUGAUGUAACACACGCUUUGAUAAGGAAGUAGAUAGUUAACUCUAGUUUGUGGAGUUUGAUAAAUAGCUAGCUAGUCCUAUAACAUGGCAGUGAGCGCAGUUCACCUCGAAUCAGAUGCCUUUUUGGUUUGCAUGAAUCAUGCAUUAAGUACCGAGAAGGAGGAAGUAAUGGGACUCUGCAUCGGAGAGGUGGACACCAACCGCAUCGUCCACAUUCACUCUGUUAUUAUUCUGCGACGCUCAGACAAGAGGAAGGAUCGCGUGGAAAUCUCGCCUGAGCAGCUAUCUUCAGCUGCUACCGAAGCUGAGAGGUUGGCUGAUAUGACUGGACGGCCGAUGCGCGUAGUUGGUUGGUACCACUCUCACCCCCACAUCACCGUGUGGCCAUCACAUGUGGGUAAGAACCAGAGCACCCCUCUACCACAUCAGUUCCACAACUUUAGUUUUCACUGUCAUGGCAAACUGUUUCAGUUGGUGUGUCUGCGUCAUUCAUUUUCUACAACAGAUGUAAGGACACAGGCCAUGUACCAAAUGAUGGACCAGGGCUUUGUUGGGCUGAUAUUCUCCUGUUUCAUUGAGGAUAAGAACACAAAAACUGGUCGAGUUCUCUACACCUGCUUCCAGUCUAUACAAGCCCAGAAAGGCUCUGAGUACGAGAGAAUCGAGAUCCCAAUUCAUGUGGUCCCGCAUGAGGCCAUUGGGAAAGUGUGCCUUGAAUCAGCAGUGGAGCUCCCAAGAAUCCUCUGCCAGGAAGAGCAGGAUACCUACAGAAAGAUUCACAGCUUAACUCUCCUGGAUCCGAUCACGAAGAUACACAAUGGCUCAGUGUUCACUAAGAACCUGUGCAGUCAGAUGUCUGCUGUGAGUGGUCCCCUGCUGCAGUGGCUGGAGGACCGUUUGGAGCAGAACAGACAGAGCGUCAUUGAGCUGCAGCUGGAGAAGGAGAGACUAACUCAGGAGCUGGCAACUAUGUGAGAAAGGUAAGGAAAAGACUUCUGUUUUUGCAGUGCCGUAAAUCUUCUCACACGAGGACAAGUGACUAAGGGAAUCUCAUCAUGGCUAAGUGAUCUGUGAGCGUGGAAUUUUAACCACCAUCUACCUGAAUCUUUCUCCAUCGUAACAAAGUUUUUUUGCUCUGAACGCUUGUCUUUGCUUCCCAAUGCCACUGUUUCCUGUUAGGUCAUGUUCUAUUUACUAAUAAACACUACUGUAUUUUUGAGAGACAUUGUCACAUGUUUUUUUUCCUUGGCACUGAGUAUUGGAUGUGUUUUUUAAUUUUCAUCAACUUAUAUUUAUGUUAUGAAAGGAUGUCCCUAUGUGAUUUGCUAAUUUCUUUAAAUGUUACACAGUAUAUCCAGGUAUUUGCUUAUUAAAUAAUUUUUUGUCAUG